CCUCUACGGUAUAACAAAUGUAAUCAAAUGUAACAAAUGUAAUAGUUUAAUUUCGUAUGCAUAUAAGAAUUGGUAAUACACAAAAAAACUUCAAUUAAAUAAUUUUCAGUAAUUAUAAAAUAAAGACACGCAAGCUAAAAAAAUAUGUUUUUUUUAUUGAAAUUGAUAUUAAUAGUUUUAACAAGUCAGACAUACGAGUAUGUCACACAAGAUAGUGAAAUAAUAUUGCUGCCGGCAUGGGAACCGACAGGAGCAAUAGAGAUACCAUUAACUCUAAAAGUUUUCGGAAAAUUCAUACAGCUCAACCUGCAUAGAAAUGAUGAGGUUGUAUCAUCUGCGCUCAAAGUAGAAGAAAAUUACGCAAAAGAUGUCGCAGAAAAAUUGUGGAAGUUGAAAGCAUCGGAUAUUUGCAUUUAUUUUCACGAAGGUCAUGUCAGCUCUGCGGCCAUCAACUUUUGUCAAGAACAUGGAUUGUGGGAAGGAAUUAUUCUUGUGGAAGACGAUAUAUUAGAAAUUCGGCCUUUACAGAACGUAUUUGUCCCUUUGUCAUUCAUCGACAAUGUUUGCAUUAAAGAUCAAAUUAAUCAAACAUUCGGAAAACCUCAUCUUAUUAGAAGAUUACUUCAAUAUUAUAAUGAUUCUAAUUUUCACCAUAUAAACAAUUUUAAACGGAAACAACGUCACGUAGUACAAGAAAAAGAGCAAGAAAAAUUUACCAUAAAAUUGGCCGUAUUCGUUGAUGUAGAAGCAUAUCGCAAGUUUAAGGCUAUUCUAAACGAUGAUACAAAGAUUACCGAUAUGAUGCAUGAAUAUGUGAGUUUUAUCCAGACUUUCUUUUAUCUUCCGAGCUUGGGUAUCCCUAUCGAUAUUUCUUUGGUACAUCUGCAUAUUUGGCGACAACAACCGUCAGGUUUGCCUGUUUCUGACGGCGACAUCGCAGAACUGCUCCCUUCGUUUUGCGAAUACGUGAAAACGCUUAAUCCUCCACAUGAUGAUGAUCCAAAUCACUGGGAUAUUGGCCUUUACAUAACAGCAAUGAAUCUUUUUAAAUAUAAAUGGAUAGCUGUUAAGAGGGCGUCUGUACUGACUAAAAGUUAUGAAAUUUUUGGAGAAUCCUACUACGAUCUCGCAUGCAGCCCGCAUAAUUCAUGCGUGAUAGUCCAAUUUCUUCCAUUUGAAGUCGAAAGUUCAGGUUUAAGAUCGUCUCUUAAUGCCGUUCAUUUAAUCGGCAGACUUUUAGGAUUGGAAUAUGAUUCGGAACAUGAAACUGGAUAUUUUUUGGAACGAUCGGACGAUGUGUCCAUAAUGUCACGGGUCCGGCCAUAUCGAGGAAACAUAACAUGGUCCCCAAAGAGUCGUGAAAAGAUAAAAAUUCAGUUGAAAGAGAAAUCGUGUUUUCAUGAUAACACGAGGCGCAACUAACUCGAUAAUGAUGACCAUGAUUAUGAGGAU